AUGGGUAGGCAAGUCGGGGUGAGGGUUCUGCCUGGUGGGAGAGGCGAGGAAGGUUCAAAAGAAAAGUUGCAGCGCCCGUCUGCGCGUGUCAUCGAUGGGCUGGGCGCCCAAGAGAGCGCUAUCGCGGGGCCAGAACGCACUGCGGGGCCGAGGGCCGGGAGCAAACCGACAAAUCUUCUCGGCGGCGGAGGCUAGGAGGCUGGGAGGCUGGAAAGGCUCCCAGCCCGCUCGGGGCUCCAGAAACGCGCCGGCUCUCCCCUCGGGCGGUCGCCGAGGGCGCCGGGGCUCGGCGGCAGCGAGGGGGGGCCGAGCGCGCGUGUGAGCGAGUGCGAGGCUGCGGGCGGCGGGCGGGCGGCGGGCGGGCGAGUGUGCGCGGGAGGGAGGGGGAGCGCGCGCGCCGCCCGGGCCCCGGCCCUCCCAGCCUCCCGGCCUCCGCGCCUGCCUCCCGCCCGCGCGCACCGGCUGCCCGCAGCCGCCGCUCCCGCUCGCGCCGGCGCUGCUCGGGAGCCUGCCCGCCGCCGCCUGCUUUGUGCUUCCCCCAGAAGAUGGGAGCGACCUCUUCCCGGUCGGGAGCUAUUUAAAAGGAGGGAGCGCGCCGUAUUGCCUGCUAGCGUGGAGGAACCGGGGAAGGAUCCAUCCACACUCCCCCCAGAUCAGUAGGUUGGGACACUUGGAAGUCUACCAUUGUACAACAUGAUGCAGUUAAGACCCUCACCUACCUUUUCGAUGGGAUGUCAUCUGUUAGCCAUUGUGGCUCUCUUAUUUUCCCAUGUGGACCUUAUAAGUGCAGAGACAGAAAUGGAAGGAGAAGUCAAUGAAACUGGCGAGUGUACUGGCUCAUAUUACUGUAAGAAGGGGGUGAUUUUACCCAUUUGGGAGCCCCAAGACCCUUCCUUUGGAGACAAAAUUGCUAGAGCUACUGUGUAUUUUGUGGCCAUGGUCUACAUGUUUCUUGGAGUCUCUAUCAUUGCCGACCGGUUCAUGUCCUCUAUAGAAGUCAUCACAUCUCAAGAAAAAGAAAUAACUAUAAAGAAACCCAAUGGAGAGACCACCAAGACCACUGUGAGGAUCUGGAAUGAGACAGUUUCAAACUUGACCUUGAUGGCCCUGGGAUCUUCUGCUCCAGAGAUUCUCCUUUCCGUAAUUGAAGUGUGCGGCCAUAACUUUACUGCAGGAGACCUGGGUCCUAGCACCAUCGUGGGAAGUGCUGCAUUCAAUAUGUUCAUCAUUAUCGCCCUUUGUGUCUACGUGGUCCCAGAUGGAGAGACAAGGAAGAUAAAGCAUUUGCGUGUGUUCUUUGUGACAGCAGCCUGGAGCAUCUUUGCCUAUACUUGGCUUUACAUUAUUUUGUCCGUCAUCUCUCCUGGGGUCGUGGAGGUCUGGGAAGGUUUACUUACCUUCUUCUUCUUUCCCAUCUGUGUCGUGUUCGCUUGGGUAGCAGAUAGGAGGCUUCUUUUCUAUAAGUAUGUCUACAAGAGGUAUCGGGCCGGCAAGCAGAGGGGAAUGAUCAUCGAGCAUGAAGGAGACAGGCCAUCUUCCAAGACUGAAAUUGAAAUGGACGGGAAAGUGGUCAACUCCCACGUUGACAAUUUCUUAGAUGGCGCUCUUGUUCUAGAGGUUGAUGAGAGGGACCAAGAUGAUGAAGAGGCCAGGCGAGAAAUGGCGAGGAUUCUGAAGGAGCUCAAGCAGAAGCACCCGGAGAAAGAAAUAGAGCAAUUAAUAGAAUUAGCUAACUACCAAGUCCUAAGUCAGCAGCAAAAGAGUCGAGCUUUUUACCGCAUCCAAGCUACCCGCCUGAUGACUGGAGCCGGCAACAUUUUAAAGAGGCACGCAGCUGACCAGGCAAGGAGCGUCAGCAUGCAUGAGGUCAACACUGAAGUGGCUGAAAAUGACCCCGUGAGUCAGAUCUUCUUUGAACAAGGGACCUAUCAGUGUCUGGAGAACUGUGGUACUGUCGCCCUGACCAUUAUCCGCAGAGGUGGCGAUUUGACUAACACUGUGUUUGUUGACUUCAGAACAGAGGAUGGCACGGCCAAUGCUGGGUCUAAUUAUGAAUUUACCGAAGGAACUGUGGUCUUCAAGCCUGGUGAGACCCAGAAGGAAAUCAGAGUUGGCAUCAUCGAUGACGAUAUCUUUGAGGAGGAUGAAAAUUUCCUUGUGCAUUUGAGCAAUGUCAAAGUCUCUUGUGAUGCCUCAGAAGAUGGCAUCCUGGAAGCCAAUCAUGUUUCUACACUCGCUUGCCUCGGAUCUCCUUCCACUGCCACUGUGACCAUUUUUGAUGAUGACCACGCAGGCAUCUUUACCUUUGAGGAGCCUGUGACUCACGUGAGUGAGAGCAUUGGCAUUAUGGAGGUGAAGGUAUUGAGAACAUCUGGAGCUCGAGGAAAUGUUAUUGUUCCCUAUAAAACCAUCGAAGGGACGGCCAGAGGCGGAGGCGAGGACUUCGAGGACACUUGUGGAGAGCUUGAAUUCCAGAACGAUGAAAUUGUCAAAACAAUUUCAGUCAAGGUAAUUGAUGAUGAGGAGUAUGAGAAAAACAAGACCUUCUUCCUUGAGAUUGGAGAGCCCCGCCUGGUGGAGAUGAGUGAGAAGAAAGCCCUGUUAUUGAAUGAGCUUGGUGGCUUCACAAUAACAGGGAAGUACCUGUAUGGCCAACCUGUCUUCCGGAAAGUUCAUGCUAGAGAACAUCCGAUUCCCUCUACUGUAAUCACCAUUGCAGAGGAAUGUGAUGACAAGCAACCGCUGACCAGCAAAGAGGAAGAGGAGAGGCGCAUUGCAGAAAUGGGGCGUCCCAUUCUGGGGGAACACACCAAGCUGGAAGUGAUCAUUGAAGAAUCCUAUGAAUUCAAGAGUACCGUGGACAAACUUAUUAAGAAGACAAACUUAGCCCUUGUGGUUGGGACAAACAGCUGGAGAGAGCAGUUUAUUGAAGCCAUCACUGUCAGUGCUGGGGAAGACGACGAUGACGACGAAUGUGGGGAGGAGAAGCUGCCUUCCUGUUUCGAUUACGUGAUGCAUUUUCUGACCGUGUUCUGGAAGGUCCUCUUCGCCUUCGUGCCCCCUACAGAAUACUGGAACGGCUGGGCCUGUUUCAUUGUCUCCAUCCUCAUGAUCGGCCUCCUGACAGCGUUCAUCGGAGACCUGGCUUCCCACUUCGGAUGCACCAUUGGCCUGAAAGAUUCUGUGACUGCAGUGGUGUUCGUCGCGCUUGGCACUUCAGUACCAGACACAUUUGCAAGCAAAGUGGCAGCCACCCAGGACCAGUAUGCAGACGCGUCCAUAGGUAAUGUCACCGGCAGCAACGCAGUGAACGUCUUCCUGGGAAUCGGCGUGGCCUGGUCCAUCGCUGCCAUCUACCACGCAGCCAACGGGGAACAGUUCAAAGUGUCCCCUGGCACACUAGCUUUCUCUGUCACUCUCUUCACCAUUUUUGCUUUCAUCAACGUGGGGGUGCUGCUGUAUCGGCGGAGGCCAGAAAUCGGAGGUGAGCUGGGUGGGCCCCGGACUGCCAAGCUCCUCACAUCCUGCCUCUUCGUGCUCCUGUGGCUCUUGUACAUUUUCUUCUCCUCCCUGGAGGCCUACUGCCACAUAAAAGGCUUCUAAAGGAACAAUCAGAUAUAGUAAAUUUAUAUAUAUAUAUACGUAUAUAUAUACAUAAAAUAUUAUGUAUAAUGAACAGAGGAAACUGACAUUUGUCAUGUUCACUUACCUGCUGAUGGAAUCCAGCUUCAAGAGCAUACUCUGUACUAGGGCCGGAGUGAGAAACCAUCACCUCCCAUUCCCAGGGGCAUCAUCACAUUGAACAAAGGCAUGGAGGCAGGGGCGUCUUUGCAGCUCAGCCUAGAAGGACUGUGUUCUCUCCAGGUUCAUAAAUCGUUAAGUCUUUGAUUUUGUUUUCUGUUUCUGCUUGUUUUUGGUGGGAGCUGGGAGGUGGCUGACGUUCGAUUUUGUGUUGUUUCGUUGGGAGGGUCAAGGUUUUCGUUUCUCUUGUGGGAGGUGAUGAUCAAUCUAUAUGCAAAUGGCUUUUUGGUAAAGAAAAUUUAAAUCCUUAUAAUUACUCUCUCCAAACACUUUAAAAAAGUUAUUUUGGAUUAGGAAAGGAUAUGGUCAUGGAAGCUGCAGCAUGUCUUCACUAGAUUGCUAAAUUCCAUGCUCAUCUCUGAAACAUGAGCAGAGGUAGAGCUGCCUCCGAGGAGAAGCGUGGGAGCUCGAAUGCAGCCAGGAGAAGUGAUGGUUCUAGAUACAGUCUGAUGUUUAAAGACAUGAUGCCUGGCACUCUUGUUCAACAGGUACAGGAAUGAUGUGCCUCGAUUCCCAAGAACGUGCAAAAUCAUUUAUUUCUUAUCUCUUUAGCUCUGGACUGUGAUUAGCAAGACCCUUAUUCUGGUUUUCCAGCCUGGCUAAGCCCCCGGGUCCCCACCCCAACCCUCCUCCUGCCCACCACCUCUCAUGCAAACAGGAAUAACCCCACUCAAAAAGCACAUCAUUCUUUUCCAUCUGCAUCACUGUGUCCCAGUCCCAUGUUCACUGUCACCUGGGAUCAUGCGUCGGUUUUAUUUUCAAAAGCAUCCGUGGCUUGCACAAUCCUGUUCCAGCCAUGACUGAACAUUGGCUCCUUCUUCAUGUGCCUGUUUGGGAAUGUUGUUGUGAUACCUGUUACACAGUGCAUGGAUGAAAAACAAAAUAAGCGUAUCUGUAUAUAGUAGAGUAUAGUGUAUACUGUUCUCCCAUUCAGCAAUGUUGACUGGACAUUGAAGACAUAAGUGAGUUUCCUUUUCACCUGAGUUGUAACUUUUGUGUUGUUAUUGAGUUUGAUUAUACUAGGGAUAAAAGGAGAAAAUGGCUUAUUGUUCAUGGACCUGCACGUUCAUUUCUAAGAAGCAAUAACAGUUCGCUAGAAAGUUAAAGCUAUUGAGAGGACAGCAGGCAAACUACCAAGUAUCUUCAUGGGAAAUUAGCCAUGUGGAAUACACCAGAGGGCUCUAAGCAGUCACCUGUUGACGAUUCCGGAAGGCCAAGGAGAGAGGUGUAGAUCAGUGGCUGGAUUUGAUGUGCCCAGGCUUUGAGAGCCUCCAUUUUCAUGACACCCCUGCCCCCAAAGUAUUUAUUUCACUUCUGCUCUGUCUGGCACAGAGGGUAGAUAGUGGUUUGUUCGUUUUAUUUUUUUAUGUAAAAGGCUAUUUUGAGCCCCAUUUCUUUCACCACCCAGACUCCUCUGUGUCUGCAAUUCCUGAGCAGGAAAGGAGCCAGGGAGACCAACUGGCCUUUGCAAGUGCAUCUUCUGUACUUAAUGAUGAAGGAGUAAGCAAUUAAAUGAGAUUAGUGCCUCCCAAGAGGAUUGCGCUGGGAGGUUUUUCAGCCUGGAAAAGGAAUGGCUCUUUCUAUUUCAAAAUACCAAAGAGCAUGGAUAAACCCAACAUUCCAAAGUAGUGAAGCCAGUGAGGAGGACAGAUGGAAUGACAUUGGUCCCAUCUCAGAGAUGUCUCUCUCUAAAAAGAAUCCCAGGUCAGAGACACCACUGGACCUCUGUAUUGAUUCAAAGAUACUUAAGAGAUAAAAAGCUGUUCAGUUAUUUCCUCCUCUUCUUCUACUCAGUAAUCAUGAUCAUUCAUUUAAUAAACAUUUGGUGACUGGAUGAAUAAUUAAAUGCUGGUUACUACUCAAAAUGCCAGGUACUGUGCUACUCUUGGGGCCUAAACCAUGAACAAGACAGCCCAGAUCCCUGCCCUCAGCAGGCUCACGGCUUAUGUGAUUGCUGUUUCCAUGGGUAAAAGUUAGCACAGUCAUAUGGAAACAGCUUUAUCUUGCAAGGGAAAACACAACUACAAAACUCUUAACAUAAACACAUUGAAAUUGUACCAAUACAGUUGUCCAGAUAUCUAAGAUUUUUAACUAAGAAGUAAAGCACAGGUUAGGGGAAGCAUCCUAUGUAUCCUUGGCUGAUCUUGGAGAUCUGUACACCUCCUCAUUGUAAGCCAAGAAAAGCAAUCAUGUGGGUGAUCCUGAUGACUGAAAAGGUCCAAUUAACCCCAGUUUUUAUCUUUGUUGAUCAACAGUACCUUUCUAUGCCCCGUAUCUCUACAGUUCCUCAUAUCUCCAGAAGACUCACCCCAGCAGGCCAUGGUCCAACACCGUGGGUCUAAGUUUUGGGGGGUACAUCCUAACCCUUUUUUUUUUUAAGAUUUACUAAAUGGAAAUCUAGCCUAGAAAACACCAAGUAAAUAUAGUCAAAGGAUGUGAGUUGUUUAAACAUUAGAUUUUUGCACUCAAUUUUAGCCAUAUUUGGAAUGUCAAUAAUCCCAUAGCAAAUUUUCACAGAGGACUUUCAGAAAUUCUUGCCAUUGAUUUUUAAUUUCAAAGCUUUUUGGUUUGCUUUUUCAAGUUUCAUGUUAUAGGGAAAAUAUGAUUCUGAUUGUUCAGAGUUGUUAAUAAUUGUAGUUGUGUAAAGUUAUUUCAUUUUGUUUAUUUUGUGUGUAUUGUGCACAGCUUUAGGGGGGAAGUGCACGAAUUGUGCUGUUCCUUAUAAAUGGUACACAUUAUUGACACAGACAAAUAAAGUUUCUAAUUGUUUGAUUUAAUCACUAGUGAUACAGCAUAAUCUGUAUGGAAUGUUUCCUCUCAUUGUCAUCUACUUCAUUUUUGUUUUCAUGUUUUGAAGAAAUAAAGACCAAAAAGGUA